AUGCUGAGCCGCUGGGCGCACCACUCGGUGCGUCGUCUGCCCAGGACCGGCGCCCGUCCCGCGCGUCGCUUCUGCCAAUCAGCCGCUGCGGCCGACGCUCCUCUUCGUCGUGUGUGCGUCGUCGGGUCAGGACCCGCUGGUUUCUACGUGACGAAGUACCUGCUGAAGCAACACGCCGGCGUGCGCGUGGAUAUGCUCGAGGCGUUGCCGACGCCGUUCGGGCUCGUGCGCUCGGGCGUUGCACCGGACCAUCCGGAAGUAAAGAGCGUCACGACCGAUUUCGACCGCGUGGCUGGCGACGACCGCGUUUGCUUUCUGGGGAACGUGUGCGUGGGCAAAGACGUGACGCUCGCGGAGCUGCAGCGCCACUAUCACGCAGUGGUACUGGCCUACGGAGCGGCCCAAGACGUCGAGCUGGGCAUACCAGGGGAGCAGCUGCAGGGCGUUCUGGCCGCGCGUGCGUUCGUGAACUGGUACAAUGGCCACCCCGCGUGCGGGCAACUGGCGCUGACGUUGGCGCAGACGGAGACAGCAGUGAUCAUUGGCCAGGGCAACGUCGCGCUGGAUUGUGCCCGCCUCCUCACAAAGAACGUCGACGAACUGGCGACGACGGACAUUGCAGCGCACGCGGCGAGGGCGCUCGGCCACAGCAGCAUCAAGAAGGUGGUGGUGGUCGGACGACGAGGGAGCGCGCAGGCGGCGUUCACGAGCAAGGAGAUCCGCGAGCUGACCAAGCUGGACAAUGUUGCGUGUGUGGUGGACCCCAAGGAGCUCGAGCGCAGCCUGACGCCUGCGUCCCAGCAGGAAAUCCAAGGCCAGCGCGCUCGCCAACGCAUGCACGACCUGCUGCGCAAGGCCGCAGACCGCUUUGAGCGCACGGGCGACGCCAAGCGUGUUGUGCAACUCAAGUUUUUGAGCUUGCCGCGAGAAAUCCUUGCCGACGAGCACGACCCGUCACGAGUGAAAGCCAUUCGUUUGGAGAGCACGAAGCUGGAGGGCGAGCCGAACCAGCAGCGCGCCGUAGGCACAGGAUCCUAUGAAGACAUUCCAUGCAGUCUUGUGUUGCGCAGUAUCGGAUACAAGUCACUGCCGAUUGAGCCCGAUGUGCCAUUUGACAGCCGUCGCCAUGUGGUUUUGAACGAGCGAGGCCGAGUUGUGUCGACACUGAGCAGCGGCGAGAAGAAGCCUGUUGUGGGCUUGUAUUGUGCCGGCUGGGUGAAGCGUGGUCCCACUGGUAUUAUCGGCAGCAAUAUUGUCGAUGCACGGGAGACGGUAGGGUGCAUGAUGAUAGACUUUGCUGCUGGAAACUUCCUUCAUAGCGACGACAACGCCGGUGACAAUUUGGGUGGAGUAGAGGCUGUUAAGAUGCUCGUUGCACAGCGCGAUCCGGACAAGCAGCUCGUCGGGUGGGCUGACUAUGCACGUCUUUGCGCUGAAGAGACCCGCCGCGGUCAAGUCGCUGGAAAGCCUCGCGAGAAGGUCACAUCCGUGACUGAGAUGCUCGCGAUCGCACAAUGUGCAAAGAGGCAGCUCAGUUCCAAAGCGUCGCGCAGAUGUGCCACACAUGUCGACGAUUUGCACCCCUGA